AUGUUUAGAGCUGGAAGAAAGCAACUUUGGAAACGGAGCAUUGGCAGAGUUAUAAAGCAAAAGCUCAAGGAAGAGAGAGAAGCUAAACGUGCUUGGCUGGAUGGCAGACAUGAUUACUUGCUGGAUACUGUUGCCUCUUGUGUGAAUCUGGAUAAAGCAGAAGUAGAAGAUGCUAUUCUUGAUGGUAACCAGAUAGAAUGCAUUGACAAAUUCCUGGCUCCUGGAGGUCUACGUCACCUGAUGUUCUACUAUCAAAACAUGGAGACAACAGAUAAAGGUAAAGCAACUUUGGCAGGAAUGAACUCUCAUUUGACAAAGAAUAAAAGACUUAAAAUAUUUGUUACAGAGGGAAGAGAACUUGCUUUAACUGGCAUAUGUAUUUUCUUCAUUAGAUCUAGUCUUUUCAAACCCAUCACAACUGAGAAUAUCUAUCAGGAAGUGAAUUUUAGUAUGAUGAAUGUAGGUCGAGAUGGCUUACUAAAAAGUGUUGAGCAGUUGAUAUCAGAAAUCUUCAUUCCAGCUUUGCAGACUAUGGACCAUGUCUGGGUUGAACUUGUUGAACCUCAGCAAGCUUCCAGUAUUAAGCAGGACUUCCUUUGCUCCCUUGAAGCGUUUGUUAGUGUGCUCUCAGGAACGCAGCAAAGUCUGUUGGAAAAGGUCAGUCUGAAGAAAUGUGAAACAUAUGAUCUGAAAACUCUAAAAGGACCCUCAGAUUACCUCAUGGUCGCUAACAGCAUAGAUGCUCUGGAAAGAAUAGAAGUUUGCAUGAAAGGAUGGACGAAACAAAUUGAACAGGUUCUUGCAGAAAAUGACCAGUUGAGAAAGGAAGCUGAUGACCUUGGACCACGAGCAGAGCUUGAUUACUGGAAAAAGAGAUUGUCUAAGUUCAACUACCUUACAGAUCAGCUGAAGAGCCCAGAUGUGAAGGCAGUGCUUGGAGUACUCACUGCUGCUAAAUCCAAACUACUGAAGAAUUGGCGAGUGUUGGAUAUUUCCAUCACAAAUGCAGCAAAUGAAGCUAAAGAUAAUGUGAAGUAUCUAUAUUAUCUGGAAAAAUGUUGUGACUCCUUAUACAACAGUGAUCCUGUGUCCAUGGCAGAUGCUAUUCCAGGACUCAUAAAUGCAAUUAAAAUGAUUCAGAGUGUCUCUCAAUAUUACAACACAUCUGAGAAGAUAUCCUCACUGUUUGUGAAGGUGACCAAUCAGAUGAUCACAUCAUGUAAAUCUUACAUUACCAACAACAACUCAUCCACCAUCUGGAAUCAACAUCAAGAGACAGUUAUGGAAAAGCUACAAGCAGCCAUUAGACUUAAACAGGAGUAUCAAAAUUGCUUUCACAAGGUAAAAGAUGAAUUAGAACAACAUCCAGCUGAAAAACAGUUUGAUUUCAGUGAGAUGUAUAUCUUUGGAAAAUUUGAAACCUUUCAUCGACGUUUGACAAAGAUAAUAGAUAUUUUCAAUGCUAUGAAAACCUACUCAGUUCUACAGAAGUCUAAUAUAGAGGGAUUGGAAGAAAUGAUCAUAAAAUAUGAGAGUGUUGUUGACAUGAUGAAGAAAAAACAUUGUAAUUGCUUGGAUCAACGAAAGACUGAUUUUGACCAAGACUAUGAAGAGUUCUUCAAAGAGAUAAAUGAUCUUCAUGAUCAGUUAAAGAUUUUCAUGGACAUCACCUUGGAAAAUAUUCUGAAGACUGAAAGAGCACUGAGCAUGUUGAAGAAAUUUGAAAGAUUACAAAUCCCAAAUCUUGGCAUUGAUGAAAAGUAUCAGAAACUACUUAAAAACUAUGGUAAUGACAUAGAAAUGGUCUGUAAGAUCUACAGUAAGCAGAAACAGGACCCUCCACUGGCUCGUAAUCUGCCACCAAUAGCUGGUAAGAUUAUGUGGGCACGUCACCUGUUUCAGAGGAUGAAGGAGCCCAUGGAGUCUUUCCAGCAGCACCCGGCCGUUCUACAAACACCAGAUGGCAAGCGCAUAAUCCGCAACUACAACAAAGUAGCAAAAGCUCUUAUGGAGUUUGAGGUGAUCUACCACAGGGCAUGGCUUCAGCAGAUUGAAUUAUCUAAAAGAGGACUUCAGGCAUCUCUCUUAGUAAAAGGUCCAGAACCAGGAGAACUAUUUGUGAAUUUUGACCCUCAAAUAUUAACUUUAAUCAGAGAAACAGAUUGCAUGGCUCACAUGGGCCUGGAAAUCCCACCAUUUGCAAGUAUCAUUCAACAGAAGAGAGACUGGUACAAGAAGAUUGUCAACAAUUUGCACAUGAUGCUGGCAGAAUAUAAAAGAAUUAAACUGAAAAUACAACACCCUGUUGAACAACUAAUGGCUCCUUGGCUAGCAAAUGUAGAUGAUGCUAUCCAGCCAGGUCUAAUCACACUGACCUGGACAUCCUUGAAUAUUGAAAAAUAUAUUAAUAUGGUUUUUUAUAAGCUAGCUGGGCUGGAUUUAUUGCUUGAUCGAGUGAAUGACUUGGUUGAAUUUCGUAUUGAUGCUGUCCUUCAAGAAAUGAAUAGAGUGCCACUCUGUGAGUUGCCAGAAGAUGAACCACUGAGAUGUGAGGAAUUUCUCCAAAAGACUAAGGAGCUCUGUAUAAAAGGUUCUCAGACUUUACGUUUAAAAAGCUCACUGGUGGAAGAUGCAGCUAAUGAACUGAUUAAUAUGUUACUUGACACUGAGGUACAGGUCAGAAAAGAAGGUAAUCCUGUAAGUCAAUUUAACUAAGUAGUUUUAUGUGGUUUAUUUUUAGCAACAGAAGAAGAAAGAAGGUCAAAAAGCUUGAGUUCCUUCUACAAUUCCAGUGAUGUGUGGGCUGGACUGUCUCCUUUAGAGAAGAGGGAGAGAAAGAGUUUAGAAAUAUUAGAAGAAAAGGCCAAUGAACUGCUUUCCUACUUCAAUCAGUGUAAUAUUGAUGCCCUUUUGAAAGUCACUCGAAACACUCUGGAUGCCAUACGGAAGCGCAUCCAUGCAUCUUCCAUCAUCAGCUUCUUAGAAAAUGACAAUACUUCUAAGCAGGAAAAAAGUAGUCAUCCUAUAUUUAGGACUAGUAUUAACCUAUCUAUCCCUCAUAUCAUCAUGGUACCCUCUUUGGAUGAGGUACAACAGACACUUAAUAAAGCUGUAGAUACUAUUGUGAAAGUAACACAAGGAGUUGGACAGUGGAGCAAGGAGAGAAUGUCCCAGUUGAACUUAAAGCCUGGUAGUGUAUCAGACACGGCUUCACUCAGUUUGUCUGAUUCGAUGCAAAGCCAGAACUACUUCAAGAGUGUAUCAGAGAACAAAGAAAUUAUUAAAUUAGUAUCUUUACUCAGCACUGCUAUUAAUUCUACAAAAAAGGAAGUUCUCACAGCUUUGGAGAGUUUUAGUUGUUACCACCAUAUAUGGCAGAGGGACAAGGAGGAAACUAUUGGUGAAUUAAUGAUGGCAAACCCAUUACUCUCUCAAUUUGAAUCUGAAAUUCUGUAUUUCCAAGACUUGGAGCUGAAAAUCAAUUCUGAGCCUGAAUACAUCUGCGUGGGAUCUAUUGCAUUGUACACUGCUGAUCUGAAGCUAGCACUGAGAGCAGAAACCAAAGCUUGGAUGACUUUGCUGGGCUGCCAUUGUAAUAAGAAGUACAGAAAAGAGAUGGAAGUAAUUUUCACUUUUAUAGAGGAAACUGACAAGAAGUUAAGUCGCUGCAUCAAGGACCUGGAUGAUAUAAGAGUAGCCAUGGCAGCUUUAAAAGAGAUCAGAGAACUACAGAUCUCCAUAGACUCUCAAGUUGGGCCCAUUGAGGAAUCCUAUGCCAUGUUAAACAAAUAUGAUCUACUUGUGGCCAAGGAAGAGACAGAGAAGGUGGACACUUUGCGCUACGCUUGGGAAAAGCUGCUAGUCCGUGCAAAUGAAGUACAGAAUGAGCUCACUGCUUUGCAGCCAAACUUCAGAGAAGAGCUUAUUAGCACUGUGAAGACUUUUAGUGAAGACUGUGCACAGUUCUAUGCAGAUUAUGAUCAGAAUGGGCCAAUGGUGAUUGGUUUAGAGCCACAGGAAGCCAGCGGCAGACUUAUUAUGUUUCAGAAUCGAUUUGAUAAUCUCUUUCGGAAAUACAUUACUUGUACUGAUGGGGAAGAUCUUUUUGGUUUGCCUGUUACUCAGUAUCCUCAGCUGCUUGAAAUAAAGAAGCAACUGAAUCUGCUACAGAAACUCUAUAACCUGUACAACAAUGUCAUUGACACUGUCAGUGGCUACUACGAUAUUCUUUGGUCAGAACUGGACAUUGGAAAAAUUAAUAGUGAACUUAUGGAGUUUCAGAACAGAUGCCAAAAACUUCCUCGUGGUGUAAAGGAGUGGCAGGCCUUUUUUGACCUAAAGAAGACCAUCGAGGACUUCAGUGAAUGUUGCCCAUUGCUUGAGCAUAUGUCAAGUAAAGCAAUGAUGCCUCGACACUGGAAGCGGAUUACAGAUCUCACUGAACACAGCUUUGAUGUGGAAAGCGAAACAUUCAAACUGAGGAAUAUAAUGGAAGCGCCACUCUUAAGAUAUAAAGAAGAAAUAGAGGAUAUCUGCAUAAGUGCUGUGAAGGAAAGAGACAUCGAGCAGAAGUUAAAAAGGGUGAUAGCUGAGUGGGACAACAAAACAUUUAUCUUCGCAAACUUUAAAACGCGUGGGGAGCUUCUUUUAAGAGGUGACAGCAUAUCAGAAACAAUUGCUACCAUGGAGGAUAGCUUGAUGGUUCUUGGCUCUCUCAUGAGUAACAGGUACAACACACCCUUCAAGACACAGAUUCAGAAGUGGGUACACAGUCUUUCCAACACGAUAGAUAUCAUUGAGAACUGGAUGACCGUGCAGAAUUUGUGGAUUUAUUUAGAAGCUGUUUUUGUUGGCGGUGACAUAGCAAAGCAGCUUCCAAAGGAAGCAAAGCGUUUCUCUAACAUUGAUAAAUCCUGGGUGAGGAUCAUGACCCGAGCUCAUGAAACAUCUAAUAUUGUUCAGUGCUGCAUUGGAGAUGAAAUCAUGGGACAGUUACUACCACACUUACUAGAACAACUUGAAAUCUGUCAAAAAUCACUCACAGGGUACCUGGAGAAAAAACGCCUCCUAUUUCCAAGAUUCUUCUUUGUGUCAGAUCCUGCCCUCUUAGAAAUUCUUGGCCAGGCAUCAGAUUCUCACAAUAUAAAGGCACAUCUGCUGAACGUCUUUGACAACAUUAAAACUGUAAAGUUCCAUGAAAGGAUAUAUGAUUGUAUACUGUCAAUUACUUCACGAGAAGGUGAGACUAUAAAUCUGACUAGACCUGUAAUGGCUGAAGGUAAUGUGGAAGUUUGGCUGAAUUCUCUGUUGAAGGAAUCCCAGCUGUCACUGCACUGUGUUAUUCGCCAGGCAGCUGCACACAUCCAGGAAACUGGUUUCCAGCUGACUGAAUUUCUCUCUACUUACCCAGCCCAGGUUGGUUUGUUGGGGAUCCAGAUGAUUUGGACAAGAGACUCAGAAGAAGCUUUGACUAAUGCCAGAUUUGAUAAAAGAAUUAUGCGAAAGACGAACCAGUUUUUCCUGGAUCUUCUAAACAUGCUGAUAGAUAUGACAACAAAAGAUCUUACUCCAGUUGAGCGAGUUAAAUACGAGGCAUUAAUCACUAUUCAUGUGCAUCAGAGGGACAUUUUUGAUGGUCUGUGUUGCAUGCAUAUCAAGAGCCCUACAGACUUUGAGUGGCUGAAACAGUGUCGAUUUUAUUUUAAUGAAGACUCUGAUAAAAUGAUGAUUAAGAUCACUGAUGUGGGUUUCACUUACCAGAAUGAAUUCUUGGGCUGUACCGACAGGCUUGUCAUAACACCUCUUACAGACAGAUGUUACAUCACUUUGGCUCAAGCUUUAGGUAUGAAUCUGGGUGGAGCACCUGUGGGACCUGCAGGAACUGGAAAAACUGAAACCAUCAAAGACAUGGGACGGUGCCUUGGAAAAUAUGUAGUGGUCUUCAACUGUUCAGACCAGAUGGAUUUUCGAGGACUUGGGAGGAUUUUCAAAGGUCUUGCUCAGUCUGGCUCCUGGGGUUGCUUUGAUGAAUUCAAUCGUAUUGAUUUGCCAGUACUAUCAGUAGCUGCACAGCAAAUUGCAAUUGUCUUGACAUGUAAGAAGGAACGCAAAAAAAGCUUUGUUUUCACUGAUGGAGAUAAUGUGGAAAUGAAUCCAGAAUUUGGCAUCUUUCUUACUAUGAAUCCAGGAUAUGCUGGACGACAAGAACUUCCUGAAAACUUGAAGAUCAACUUUCGUUCAGUGGCUAUGAUGGUUCCUGAUCGUCAAAUUAUAAUUCGUGUCAAACUGGCUAGUUGUGGUUUCAUUGCUAAUGUUGUAUUGGCAAGGAAGUUCUUCACACUGUAUAAGCUGUGUGAAGAACAACUGUCAAAGCAGGUGCAUUAUGAUUUUGGCUUGCGGAAUAUAUUGUCAGUGCUACGUACGCUAGGAGCAGCGAAAAGAGCAAAUCCCACAGAUACUGAAUCUGCCAUUGUCAUGCGUGUGCUGAGAGACAUGAACCUGUCUAAACUAAUUGAUGAAGAUGAACCUUUAUUCCUGAGUCUGAUGGAAGAUCUGUUUCCAAAUAUCCAGCUUGAUAAAGUAGGGUAUCCUGAACUGGAAGCUGCCAUUGAGAAACAGGUGGAGGAAGCUGGACUUGUUUGUCAUCCUCCUUGGAAACUGAAAGUUAUCCAGCUUUUUGAAACUCAAAGAGUAAGGCAUGGAUUGAUGACACUAGGACCUAGUGGUUCAGGAAAAACUGUUUGCAUCCACACUUUAAUGAAAGCCAUGACAGAUUGUGGACAGCCACAUCGUGAAAUGAGAAUGAAUCCUAAAGCUAUAACUGCUUCGCAAAUGUUUGGUCAUCUCGAUGUGGCAACAAAUGAUUGGACAGAUGGAAUAUUUUCAGCGCUCUGGAGAAAAACUUUAAGAGCCAAAAAAGGUGACCAUAUCUGGAUAGUUCUUGACGGUCCAGUUGAUGCUAUUUGGAUUGAGAACCUUAACUCUGUCCUGGAUGAUAACAGAACUCUAACACUAGCAAAUGGAGAUCGGAUACCCAUGGCACCAAAUUGCAAAAUAGUGUUUGAGCCUCAUAAUAUUGAUAAUGCUUCUCCAGCAACAGUUUCAAGAAAUGGGAUGGUCUUCAUGAGCUCGUCAGUUCUCAACUGGAGCCCUAUCCUUGAGGGAUUUUUGAAAAGACGCUCCUUCCAAGAGGCUGAAAUUCUACGUCAGCUGUAUUCAUCAUCAUUCCCAGAUUUAUACUGCCUCAGCAUUCAGUCUCUGCAAUGCAAGACUGAAAUGUUAGAAGCAUUUGUGAUUAUGCAGAGCAUAAAUGUGCUGCAGGGCAUUAUCCCACCUAAGGAGCAAGGAAGGGAAUUGACUCCAAAACACUUGGAAAGACUGUACGUCUUCUCUCUUAUGUGGAGUGUAGGAGCGUUACUAGAACUGGAAGACAGAUGCAAAAUGGAGCACUGGCUUCGAAACCAUGCAACAAUAAAGCUUGAUCUUCCCUCUAUCCCAGAAAGCAGUGAAGAUACCAUGUUUGAUUAUUAUGUGGCAUCUGAUGGUAAAUGGAUACACUGGAAUACACGUGUUGAAGAGUAUGUAUAUCCAAGUAGCAGGACUCCAGAAUAUGGCUCCAUUUUUGUGCCUAAUGCUGACAACAUGAGAAUGGAUUUCCUUAUUGAGACUAUUGCAAAACAGGGCAAGGCUGUCCUACUAAUUGGUGAGCAAGGAACUGCAAAGACUGUUAUCAUCAAAGCUUUUAUGUCAAAAUACAACCCUGAAAGUCACAUCGCUAAGAGUUUCAAUUUUUCAUCUGCAACUACCCCAUUAAUUUUCCAGCGCACAAUAGAAAGUUAUGUGGACAAACGCAUGGGCACGACUUAUGGUCCACCCACUGGCAAAAAGAUGACAGUCUUCAUUGAUGAUGUGAAUAUGCCCAUAAUAAAUGAAUGGGGAGAUCAGGUCACUAAUGAAAUAGUUAGGCAGCUGAUGGAACAAAAUGGACUGUAUAACCUGGAAAAACCUGGUGAAUUUACAAACAUUGUGGACAUCCAGUUUUUGGCUGCCAUGAUCCACCCUGGGGGAGGUCGCAAUGAUAUUCCACAGAGACUCAAGAGACAUUUUUCUGUGUUCAACUGUACUCUGCCUUCUAAUUCUUCCAUUGACAAAAUUUUUGGUGUAAUUGGAGAAGGGCAUUAUUGCAAUGAGCGGGGAUUUUCAGAGGAUGUGAAGAAAACAGUAGCCAAAUUGGUUCCACUGACACGCAGGCUGUGGCAGGCUACCAAGAUAAAAAUGCUGCCCACACCAGCCAAGUUCCAUUAUGUCUUCAACCUUCGAGACCUCUCAAGAAUUUGGCAGGGAAUGCUGAAUGGUACAUCAGACGUGAUCAAUGAACCAAAGGUACUGAUAAACCUGUGGAAGCACGAGUGUAAGCGUGUUAUUGCUGACCGUUUCACAACCUCAGAAGAUACUAACUGGUUUGAUGUAACUGUGACAAAACUCAUUGCAGAGGAACUUGAAGAAACAAAAGAUUUGAUGGAUACUGAAAUGGAUGCAUUCUUUGUUGACUUCUUAAGGGAUGCACCUGAAAAAACUGGUGAAAAAUCAGAAGACGUUAAUUUAGAUAUUCCCAAAAUCUAUGAGCCAAUUUACUCCUUUCAUCAACUACAGAAUCGUUUAAAUAAGUUUUUACAAGCAUACAAUGAGAACAUUCGUGGUACUGGAAUGGACAUGGUUUUCUUUGAGGAUGCUAUGAUUCAUUUAGUCAAGAUUUCUCGUGUGAUUCGCACACCUCGUGGAAAUGCUCUUUUAGUGGGAGUCGGUGGCUCAGGAAAGCAGAGCUUGACAAGACUGACAUCUUUUAUAGCUGGCUAUGAUACAUUCCAGAUAAUGUUAACAAGAUCAUACAACACUUUAAACUUGAUGGAAGAUCUGAAACUCUUGUACAGAACAGCAGGACUGCAAGGGAAAGGCAUCUGCUUCCUUCUUACAGACAAUGAGAUCAAAGAUGAGUCUUUUUUGGAAUAUCUGAACAAUGUUUUAUCAUCAGGAGAGGUGUCAAACUUAUUUGCACGUGACGAAAUAGAUGAGAUCGUAAGUGACCUCAUACCCAUCUUCAAAAAGGAAUAUCCACGUAGACCUCCAACCAGUGAGGUUCUGUAUGACUACUUCAUGACUAGAGUCCAUCAGAACCUUCAUGUGGUUCUUUGCUUUUCACCAGUAGGUGAUAAAUUCCGAAACAGGGCCCUGAAAUUCCCUGCUCUUGUUUCUGGAUGCACUAUAGAUUGGUUCAGCCGGUGGCCUAAAGAUGCUCUGGUGGCAGUGUCUGAACAUUUCCUGUCGUCAUUUGAUAUGGACUGCACUGCUGAUAUAAAGAGGGAAAUUGUGCAGUGUAUGGGCUCAUUCCAAGAUGGAGUAGCAGAGAAAUGUUCUGAUUACUUUAAAAGAUACAGACGUUCUACACAUGUGACUCCCAAAUCCUACCUGUCCUUUAUUCAGGGAUAUAAAACCACAUACAAAGAAAAGCAUGCUGAACUGCAGACAUUAGCAAACAGAAUGAAUAAUGGACUGGAAAAAUUGAAAGAGGCUUCUGAGUCAGUGGCUGCUCUUAGCAGAGAACUGGAGGUAAAAGAAAAGGAACUUCAAAUUGCCAAUGAAAAAGCUGACAUGGUAUUGAAAGAAGUUACUGUAAAAGCACAGGCUGCUGAGAAGGUGAAGAGUGAAGUUCAGAAAGUAAAAGACAAAGCUCAAGCUAUUGUAGACAGUAUUUCAGUUGACAAAGCCAUUGCUGAAGAGAAGUUGGAAGCUGCUAAACCUGCUUUGGAAGAAGCAGAAGCAGCUUUACAGACAAUAAAACCUGCAGAUAUCGCCACUGUCCGCACAUUGGGUCGACCUCCUCACCUCAUUAUGCGUAUCAUGGACUGUGUGUUACUGCUCUUCCAGCGAAAAGUGAACAACGUGAAAAUUGAUCAAGAAAAAUGCUGUACCAUCCCAUCAUGGCAAGAGUCUUUGAAACUGAUGACAGCAGGGAACUUCUUACAGAACCUACAGCAAUUUCCGAAGGACACAAUUAAUGAAGAAAUGGUAGAACUUCUGAGCCCUUAUUUUGAAAUGGUGGACUACAACAUUGAAACAGCUAGGAGAGUAUGUGGGAAUGUUGCUGGCCUUUGCUCGUGGACCAAAGCUAUGGCUGUAUUUUUUUCCAUCAACAAAGAAGUAUUACCUUUGAAGGCUAAUCUAGCAAUCCAGGAAAAUCGCCUAAGCACUGCUAUGCUGGAUCUGCAGAAAGCUCAAGAAGAACUGAGUGCCAAGCAAGAAGAAUUAGAUAUUGUGCAGGCAGAUUAUGAAAGCGCCAUGAGAGAAAAACAGACUUUGCUUGAUGAUGCUGAGCGUUGCCGCCAUAAAAUGCAAACUGCCUCAAGUCUUAUAUGUGGUUUAGCAGGUGAAAAAGAAAGGUGGACAGAACAAAGUAAAGAAUUCGCUGUGCAAACCAAGAGGCUAGUGGGUGAUGUACUCUUGGCUACAGCUUUUGUGUCCUAUUCUGGUCCUUUUAACCAAGAGUUCCGCAACCUGCUAUUAAAUGACUGGCAAAAGGAAAUGAAAAGACGAAAAAUCCCCUUCAGUAACAAUUUGAACCUCAUAGAAAUGUUGACUGAUAUUCCAACUAUCAGUGAAUGGAACCUGCAUGGAUUACCAAAUGAUGAUUUAUCGAUACAGAAUGGAAUCAUUGUGACUAAAGCAUCUCGUUAUCCGUUAUUAAUUGAUCCACAGGCACAGGGUAAAAUUUGGAUUAAAAAUAAAGAAGGCAAAAAUGAACUUCAGGUCACUUCUUUGAAUCACAAAUAUUUCAGAAAUCAUUUAGAAGACAGCCUUUCCUUAGGACGACCUCUUUUGAUAGAAGAUGUUGGAGAAGAGCUUGACCCAGCACUUGAUAAUGUUUUGGAAAGAAACGUCAUUAAAACAGCUUCAGCCAACAAGGUGAAGGUCGGUGAUAAAGAAGUAGAUGUUAUGAAUGGCUUCAGACUUUAUAUUACUACAAAACUGCCAAAUCCAGGUUACUCACCUGAAAUUAGUGCUCAAACCUCCAUCAUUGACUUUACUGUGACCAUGAAAGGUCUUGAAAAUCAACUCUUAGGCAGAGUCAUUCUCACAGAGAAAGAGGAACUGGAGAGAGAAAGAACAAAUCUUAUUGAAGAUGUGGCUGUGAAUAAAAGGAGGAUUAAAGACUUAGAAGAUAACCUUUUGUUCCGACUUACAAGCACUAAGAGUUCUCUAGUAGAUGAUGAGAGUCUAACAAUUGUACUGAGUAACACUAAGAAGGCUGCUGAGGAGGUAACACAGAAACUGAAAACUUCUGCAGAAACUGAAGUACAGAUCAACUCAGCCUGUGAAGAGUACAGACCUGUUGCAGCUCGAGGCAGCAUCUUAUACUUCCUCAUUACUGAGAUGAGCAUGGUCAAUGUGAUGUAUCAAACAUCACUUCGGCAGUUUUUGGGGCUUUUUGACCGCUCCGUAGCCAGAGCUACCAAGAGCCCUAUAACUAGCAAGAGGAUCACUAAUAUUAUUGAACAUAUGACAUACGAAGUCUUCAAAUAUACCACUCGAGGACUCUAUGAGGAACACAAAUUUCUUUUCACAUUAUUACUUACAUUGAAGAUUGAUAUACAAAGAAACAGAGUGGAACAUGAAGAAUUUCUGACACUUAUUAAAGGUGGUGCUUCCCUAGACCUUAAAGCCUGUCCUCCUAAACCAGCUAAAUGGAUUCUGGAUAUGACUUGGUUGAACUUGGUGGAGCUCAGUAAGCUUAAACAAUUUUCAGAUAUUCUUGAUCAAAUUUCCAGAGCAGAGAAACAGUGGAAAAUCUGGUUUGAUAGUGAGAAUCCUGAAGAAGAACUGGUUCCUAGUGGCUAUGGUCAAUCCCUGGACUGCUUCAGACAUCUUCUUCUUAUCAGAUCUUGGUGCCCUGACAGGACCAUAGCUCAGGCAAGAAAAUACAUCAUUGAAACUAUGGGGGAGAAAUAUGUGGAGGGAGUCAUCUUAGACUUGGAGAAGACAUGGGAAGAAUCAGAUCCACGUACUCCUCUCAUAUGCUUUCUUUCCAUGGGCUCUGAUCCUAUGGACUCAAUUAUUGCUUUGGGAAAAAGACUGAAGACGGAGACACAUUGUAUUUCCAUGGGCCAGGGGCAAGAAAUCCAUGCUCGUAAACUUCUACAGCAGACAAUGGCUCAUGGAGGUUGGGCACUUCUGCAAAACUGCCACCUUGGACUUGACUUUUUGGAUGAGUUGAUUGACACUGUAAUAGAGACAGAGACUGUCCAUGAAAACUUCCGACUGUGGAUGACAACUGACAUUCACAAACAGUUCCCUAUCACCCUUCUUCAGAUGUCUAUUAAGUUUACCUAUGAACCACCUCAAGGUCUCAGAGCUGGACUAAAGAGAACAUAUAGUGGUGUCAGUCAGGACUUACUAGAUGUGAGUGACAUGGUACAGUGGAAACCUAUGUUGUAUGCUGUAGCCUUUCUACACUCCACAGUUCAAGAAAGACGCAAGUUUGGAUCUCUGGGUUGGAAUAUACCCUAUGAGUUCAAUCAAGCUGAUUUCAAUGCUGCUGUACAAUUCAUUCAGAACUACUUGGAUGGCAUGGAUGUCAAGAAGGGCAUCUCCUGGAGUACUGUUUGUUACAUGAUAGGUGAGAUCCAGUAUGGUGGCCGUGUGACAGAUGACUAUGACAAAAGACUCAUGAACACCUUUGUGAAGGUUCUGUUUAGUGAAAAUAUACUCAGUCAAGAAUUCAGCUUCUACAAAGGAUAUGGCAUACCCAAAUGCACUACAGUGGAUCAAUACCUUCAGUACAUACAGAGUCUUCCUGCUUACGACACGCCAGAGGUAUUUGGUUUGCAUCCCAAUGCAGAUAUCACUUACCAAAGUAAACUUUCCAAAGAUGUAUUGGAUAUCAUUCUCAGUAUUCAGCCUAAAGAUAGCUCUGAUGGAGGAGGUGAAACCCGAGAGGCAGUGGUAGCCAGAGUGGCUGAUGAUAUGCUGGAAAAGCUUCCUGCUGAUUAUGUGCCAUUUGAAGUAAAAGAAAAACUGAAGAACAUGGGAUCGUUUCAGCCUAUGAACAUAUUUUUGCGACAGGAAAUUGAACAAAUGCAGAGAGUUAUCUCCUUAGUGAGAACCACUCUGACUGAUCUAAAACUUGCCAUUGAUGGGACAAUUGUUAUGAGUGAAAAUCUGAGGGAUGCCUUAGACUGCAUGUAUGAUGGAAGGAUUCCUGCCAGAUGGAAAAAAGCGUCUUGGGCUUCCAGUACACUUGGUUUCUGGUUUACUGAGCUUUUAGAAAGAAACCAUCAGUUUUACAAUUGGAUUUUUGAAAGCCGACCAAAUUGCUUCUGGAUGUCAGGAUUUUUUAAUCCUCAAGGAUUUUUAACUGCAAUGAGACAGGAAAUAACAAGGGUUAACCAAGGAUGGGCUCUUGACAGUGUAGUGCUGUGCAGUGAGGUCACUAAAUGGAUGAAAGAUGAUAUCACAAGUCCUCCUUUGGAAGGUGUCUAUGUGUAUGGACUGUACUUGGAAGGAGCUGGUUGGGACCGAAGAAACAUGAGACUGACGGAAUCUAAACCCAAGGUGCUCUUUGAGAUGAUGCCUGUUAUAAGGAUAUAUGCAGAGAAUAAUACUUCAAGAGAUCCACGUCUGUAUUCAUGUCCAGUCUACAAAAAGACAAGUCGAACAGAUAUGAAUUUUAUUGCUGCUGUGGAUCUUAAAACCCUUCAGCCUCCAGAGCACUGGGUACUGCGUGGGGUAGCACUUCUGUGUGAUGUCAAGUAG